GAGCCCGGGUGGUAUAAAUAGCAGGCAGGCGGGCGUGUUCGGCCUCUUUGACUCGCGCCGUUGUGGUGUGUACACGUUGCUGACCAUCUGCUCCUGGCUCACCGCUGUUCGCGCUCUUCGUACACGAAUAAGUCGGUCAGGACGGUGAUCAGACAUGGCUUUUAAAGACACAGGCAAAGCACCUGUUGAGCAGGAAGUGGCCAUCCAUCGCAUCAGAAUUACACUCACAAGUCGCAAUGUUAAAUCUCUGGAGAAAGUCUGUGCCGACCUGAUCCGUGGAGCUAAGGAGAAGAACCUGAAAGUGAAGGGACCUGUCCGUAUGCCCACCAAGACUCUGCGCAUCACAACAAGAAAAACCCCUUGUGGUGAGGGAUCCAAGACAUGGGAUCGCUUCCAGAUGCGUAUCCACAAGCGUCUGAUCGAUCUGCACAGCCCCUCUGAGAUUGUGAAACAGAUCACUUCCAUCAGUAUUGAGCCUGGUGUAGAAGUUGAAGUCACCAUUGCUGAUGCAUAAAUGCCAUGUUUCCUGAAUAAAAGAUCUUGAAACAA